AUGCGCCCGUUCAACUGCUUUAGCUUCCUCUCUGUCGCCAGCGCGACCAUUGCGUGCUGCGCGGAGAUUGAGGAGCGACGAAGCGGAAUCUUUGGCGGUGAAAUGAUUGCUACAAACAGCUUCUUUCGCGGACAACAUGGUGCUGAUCCACUGACUUCGAGGGGUGAUCUUGCGCAGGAAGCACAAGGCUGGGCUAACACUUGCAACUGGUUUCACGACCAGAGUGUUGGGGAGAACCUCGCCAGCAGCUCCGGCUUCACCAGCUGGGGUGCUUUCGUCAACAUCUGGGGAUCUGAGCGGAAGAAGUACGACUGGAACGCGGCCAGUUUCUCGGUGCACACCGGCCACUUCACACAGGUAGUGUGGAGGAAUUGCAGAUCCGUGGGCUGUGGGUGGAAGAAGUGCGGCGGCGGCCAAGGCAAGGCCAAGGGGUUCUAUGUCGUGUGCAAGUAUGAUCCUACUGGCAACUACCAGGGCCAGCUCCGUCAAAAUGUGGGCAAGCAGAUUACGGGUCAGCUUACUGACGAAUGGCAACCCAGAGGAUCAAACUGA